GCAAGCCCCAGAGCAGUUUCACUUCCUUCGGGUGCCUUGCAAAGCUGAGUCCGGUCCUGCGGCCUGAGUGCCGGAGCUGCGUUUCCCGGGAGCUCGGCCCCAGCUUCCCGAGGCUCGGAGCGAGGCUCAGAGCUCGGGGGGCGAGGCCCGAGAGACCGCCUGCGCAAGAACAUCAAGUCCGGAGAGUCGGGAGCUCUGCGGCACCUGUCUGCAGGCGCCUUGGCUUCAGCGACGCGAUGCUGCCUGCUGCCCCGGGAAGAGCGGGAGGGGGCCGGCAGCGGCCCCCCAGCGACCCAGCGCCCCCAGUUUGGUAUCAAGAUAAGUGGAGAUGUUCACAGUGAGAACUGCACAAAGAAGACCUGAGUAAAAUUUUAUGAAUCUGUUGAAUGGAUUUUCUCAUAGCUUCCUAGCAUUUUUCAGAAAAUACAAAAGACAUCAUAAUUAUCUAUGAAGAAGACGCUGAGGAAUGGGCUCUGUACUUGAGGGAAGUUUUCUCACACAUCAUGAAAAGGGAAGCAAUCCGGCUACAUCACCUGGAGGAUUACCCUCUUCGGGAUUUGGAACUGCUGAAUGUAAACUCUUAUAAAUGCAAACUUUUGAUAUUAUCAAGUAGCCUGCUUGAAGACCUAACUCCAAAUAAAUGUCAAUUUCUGGAAAAGGUGCUUCAUUCACCAGAAAGUGUAGUUAUCCUCCUGUGUGGGGUAAUGAGUUCAGAUCGAUUCUACAAAUUAUUAAACAUCUCUGAAAGCAAAUGGGAGAUCUCAACUGAGCAGGGACCUGAAGAUUACAUCUCUGUAAUUGAGAGCGUCCUAUUCACAGGUUCUGAAGACUACCUCGAGUUCAAUGUUGCAACAGAUGUAAAAAUGGAACAUCCUGGGGGAGCAAGUGAGAAAAAUCAAAUUGAAGAAUUACCAGAAGUUUCAAGAAGCAGCGCACCACUGGCAGUGGUGCUCCCUACAGAAAUUCCCUGUGAGAAUCCUGGUGAAAUAUUUAUUAUUUUGAGAGACGAAGUAAUUAGUGAUGCUGUGGAGGUUGAAUUUAUAUCACAUAAUAAAUGCAUUAGAAUACGGCCAGCCCUUUGGAAUAAAACAGUCUGGUGUAUGAAAGCUUUAGAUUUCCCUGCUGGCUCUGUCAGUGUCAAUGUCUACUGUGAUGGAAUCAUGAAGGCCACAGCUAAGAUUAAGUACUACAAAACAGAAAAGGCUGAGGAAUGCCUAUCGGGAGUGGCAGGUUCAGGGGAUGGUGUGUGCCGGAAUGAUAUGGAAGAACUUGAUGAUAUUCUCACAUCUGUAUUCAAACAAGAGAUACCAUAUUAUGAGUUCCGAUCUCUCCAAACUGAAAUGUACCCUCAAAAAGAACAAAGGAAUUUCAAAGAACUUCCAACUCUUCUCCACUGUGCAGCAAAAUUUGGCUUAAAGAACUUGGCCAUUCAUUUGCUUCAAUGUUCAGGAGCAACCUCAGCAUCUCAGAUGAAAAAUUCGGAGGGUUCAGAUCCAGCACAUAUUGCUGAAAGGCACGGUCACAAAGAACUCAAGAAAAUUUUUGAAGACUUCUCAGUUCAAGAAAUUAGUAGGAACAAUGAGCAAGAACAUGACUAUGAAGAGGAUAUUACUUCACUUCCUGCAUACUUUCCCACCAUACAGAACCCAGCAUUUCAUCAUGAAAGUGCGCAGACACAUAGGCCAAGUGCUGAAGGAGCUGAGGCGAAUGAAACUGCAAAGGAAGAAAAAAAGAAUGAAUCCGGCACGAAGAGCAACUACAGCUUGCCUGAGGUUGACGGUGGGAGCUCUGAGGACCAGUAUGAUGACUUGUAUGUGUUCAUUCCUGGAGACAGUCCAGAAAUUAAUUCACAAGAGCCACUCGGGGACAACAGACCACCUCUCCCCCCACCACGACCUGUAGUUGCUGCCCCCCAACUGGAUAAACCUCACCUCACAUUACAAGGGAAAAUGUUGGAAGGCCAAAUGGAAAGAAGCCAAAACCGGUGCAAUCCCAGUGCAAGACAGGAAAUAGGAGGUGAACCUGAAGGAGAGGAGGAACAGACAGAAGAUGAAAAGAAGCAGCAGGAGGAGGAGGAAGACCCGUACACUUUUGCUGAGAUUGAUGACAGUGAAUAUGACAUGAUACUGGCCAAUAUGAGUACAAAGAAAAAAACUGGAGGCCGAUCUUUUAUUAUAAACAGACCGCCUGCACCCACACCUCGACCCACAAAUAUCCCUCCAAAAGAGGAAACCACACCAUAUAUAGCUCAAGUGUUUCAACAGAAAGCCGCCAGAAGACAAUCUGAUGGUGACAAGUUCCAUGGCCCCAGGAAACAAGACAGACCUCGGGUGGAGAGUCAAGCCUACUCCACUGUGAGCGGCUACCUGGCUGCGGGGCAGGGAGAACUCAUCCUCCUGCAGGAGCAAGUGAAGAGUGGGAAACUGUCUGUGGACCAAGCCCUUGAGAAAUUUAAACACUGGCAGAUGGGAAAGACUGGCCUGGAAGUGAUUCAGCAGGAAAAACUACGCCAACUAAGAGAUACCAUUAUUGGAAAGAGGCCAGAAGAAGAAAAUGUCUAUGACAGGCUCACCAUUGUGCACCAUCCAAAUGGUAACGAAAGUGUUCACAAUGAAAAUAUUACAUAUAGCAUACCUUUCAGCAAUAAGCCUUUAUCCUCAGGACUAGAAAAUUACUGGAAGCACCCUGAAGGUGCAGAGGAUCCGAGGAACUUACGAAACAGGACGUGCCAGACCACAACUACCAGACCAUGCACCCAAAAACAAUAAGGAGACAAGAUGCAGCCCGUACAAGACCAGCCGAAACAUCCUGCUCUACAGCCACCCCAGUCACCUCGUAAAAGCUCAAAGCCCCCGCCCCUCAGGGCUGGUGUACCUCCACACCAAGCCCCUCUGCCCUCUUGGAAAAUUAAUAAAAAAGUUUUACUCUCUA